UGGUCCGUCACGUGAAUGAUUAAAAGUUACUGCGGGAAGGCCUGGCUCUCGGAGGUGGGCUGGGAACUACAAAACCGAGCUUCUCGGGAGCGCCCGUUAGCCCAACAGGAAGUGGAGCGUCACGGGGUGGUGGAGUGGCCGUUCGGAGACUCCCCCGGCUCCCGGCGCUCACUUUGCAGGCGGCGCCGUUUCCCAGAUUAUCAAUCCGGCGGAGGAGGCAGGGUAGAUGCACGCUUCUAGCGUUAGAAAAAAACGAAAAUGAGCAAGCAAGACGUCCCUUCCGUUUUGUGCUAACCGAACUGCAAGCAAAUAAAUCGGCCGGCCCCACUGUAGUCUCUGUACACAAGUACCACAAGAACCUGUUCCUGUCAAUCACUGGGUCCUAAGGAAAGUUUUAAAUAAUAAUAGCAUAAUGAGGUGUUGCCACGUCUUCAAACUUCCUGGGAGAGUAAUGGGGAUUCGAGUGCUUCGUUUCUCUCUGGUGGUCAUCCUUGUGCUACUACUUGUAGCUGGGGCUUUGACCAGUUUACUUCCCAAUAUCAAAGAAGACAAGAUGCUUACUUUGCGUAGGGAAAUAAAAUCCCAGGGAAAGUCUGCUUUGGAUUCUUUUACUCUUAUCAUGCAGACAUACAAUAGAACAGAUCUCUUACUGAGACUUUUAAAUCAUUAUCAGGCAGUACCACAUCUGCACAAAGUGAUUGUGGUGUGGAACAAUGUCGGGGAGAAGGGACCAGAUGAGUUAUGGAAUUCUCUAGGGCCUCACCCUGUCCCUGUGAUCUUCAAACAACAAAUAGCAAACAGAAUGAGAAAUCGUCUCCAGGUCUUCCCUGAACUUGAAACCAAUGCGGUAUUAAUGGUAGAUGAUGACACCCUCAUUAGUGCCCAGGACCUUGUUUUUGCUUUCUCAGUUUGGCAGCAAUUUCCUGAUCAAAUUGUAGGAUUUAUUCCUAGAAAGCAUGUCUCUACUUCAUCAGGUAUUUAUAGUUACGGAAGUUUUGAACUGCAAACACCAGGGUUUGGAAAUGGUGACCAGUACUCUAUGGUGCUGAUUGGAGCCUCAUUCUUCAGCAGCAAGUAUCUGGAACUCUUUCAGAGACAGCCUUCAGCCAUCCAUGCUUUAAUAGAUGAAACCCAAAACUGUGAUGACAUUGCCAUGAAUUUUAUCAUUGCCAAGCACAUUGGGAAGACAUCAGGGGUAUUUGUGAAACCUGUAAACAUGGUCAAUUUGGAAAAAGAAACCAACAGUGGCUAUUCCGGAAUGUGGCAUCGAGCUGAGCACUUUCUGCAGCGGUCUUAUUGUAUAAAUAAGCUUGUUAAAAUCUACGACAGCAUGCCAUUAAAAUACUCCAACAUUAUGAUUUCCCAAUUUGGUUUUCCAUAUGCCAACCACAAAAGUAAACUAUGAAAGCCAAAAAAAAAAAAAAAAAAAAUCCUGAAAGCUACUUGGUGUUUGAAUGGCUCCUCCAUGCUAUCAGUUUUGUUUUUAAGCAACAUCGUGAGCUUUUAUCUGGUCCAGAAGUUUCUACAAUAGAAAAAAUAUGCAGCAGUUCUAGGGUAUGAAAGUCGCAUUAACUUCAAGAACAAAGAAGCUGGUUUUAAUCUACGCAGGACUUCAACAUGUUUUCAUCCAAGGUUAACUGCUUGGUCAGAAAUUUUACGAUUUACAACCUGAGACUGUUCAACAAUUUAUUUGAUUACUGGCAUUUGCCUUAAGGACCUAGAGCAAGCUGUUUCCAGGAUCAGAAACUCCAGAGAGGCAUUUCUUAGUUUUUUCACUAAAAGUGAUUGUUUUAAUUUCAAGCCUGAAAUGCCUCUAGGAAAAGCUUGCAGUGCAGGGAAAAGCCAUGUGAGGGGAGACAAAUCUCCAUCCCAUGUGAAAACAAGGAAAAUCCAUAGCUACAGUGUUUUCCUUGUGGCCUUUCCAACCAGAUUUACUGCCCAACGUGGUUUAGAUGCAACCAUUGGUACUUUUAUUUUUGUAGACAAGUCUAUUUUGACUGGGAGGGUAAAUUUUAGGAUACAAAAUGACAUCUAAUUGUUUGCUUGAGUUUUGUGACCAUUUACUGCAUGGAUCACCAAAACUUCGCAGCAUUUGGUUUUUAUGUGCAACUUACAUGCAGCAAGGAGUAAAUGUUUAACUGUCUUUUGUCACUGAAUCUGACCUUUAGAAUAUAUGUUUAUUUUUAUAUUUUACAUAAAGUAUGUGUUUCAGAAACAUAUAAAAUAACUUCUGAAAGAAUAGGAAGUAGCAGAAGUUAAACCCUUCAUAUUUAAGCAUCUUUAUUCUUAAAGUGUAGUUUAUCUCAUGGAUAUACUAAACAGCUGUGUGUAUUACACACAAAUGCUUGCCUUCAGAACUUUUUUUUCCAAUAGAUCUAAGACACUAUGCAUCAUGAUGAAACUUCAGUUACAUAGAUACAGGAAAAAAUGACCGAGCCAGCUGAAUUCCUUAGAGGAUCCUUAUCAGUUAAUUGUUAAGGUUACCCACUCUCUGUCACAUGAAUUAGUAUCUGUCCCACCCAGUGUCUAUGUAGUGUCUAUGUUUAGUCCUUACCCGCCACUGUGGCAAGGAAUGCCUAAUUUUUUUGGCGCGUGGGAGCGUACCAGGGAUCAAACUCAGGCCCUUGUACUUGCUAGGCAGUUGGAACCACUGAGCCAAAUCCCUGGCCCAAGGAAUGCCUAAUUAAACCUCUUACCACUUUUUCUUCACGUCACUCUUCCUUCUCAUUGAAGUUACUGUCCUCAUCUGUUUUCAUUAUGCCUAUACAGCCUCAAAAUUGCAAAGCUGCGAGAAUAAGAAAUUCACCAUGGUUUAUGUUCUAAUUACGAGGUCAUUGUGUCAUUCAGUGUAUUUUGCUUUUUUUAUAAUGGAGUGUGUUUUAAUAUAGACAUAUAAAGAAAAAACUUGAAACAUCACAAAGUAGAUAAUGUAAAGAAUCUGCUCUCUCCAACCUUGGUAGUAUUUUUUUGUCCCCUUGUUAUUUCAUCUGAUAAAUAAAAAACUUUAACCAUC